GUGUGUGGUGGAAAAGAAGGCCAAACUCACGUUAAUGAAUUCUGAAACUAAGAAGAUUGGGAAGGAAGCCGAGGAUUCAGUAAAUAAAGAGGGCAUAGACAAAGUGUUAGAAAAGGUUGAGCCAAAAGUAGUAAAACCCAAAAAGAGACCAAUGGAACAACAAAAUUACAUAAAAUUAUGCAAACCCGUACCUGGAAGCAACAGAAUCCCUCUGUCCGAAACCAAAAUUCCACCAAAAAAGAAACCAAAAGAGACUGGCUAUAUGAGGACUUGUUCCUGUCUGAAGAUUCAUCUGAUGACGAAGACACCAUGGGAAUGUCGAUGGACUUGGACAGCAUCUCAGUUUCUUCCAUUGAAUUAACUGAAGCAACUACAGAAACAGAAAAAGUGACAAAUCAUGAUAACCCAGUAAACCGAAACAAAGAAAAUGAAUGGAACACGAUAACAACCACAAAUAUGAAACAAAUAAGAAAGAAAGUAACAUGAAGAAAGAGAAAGAUAACAAUGUAAAUGCAAAGAAUGAAACUGAACUGAAGAAAAGUGGAAAUGAGAAGGGACAGAAAGAUAGCACGAAAGAAAAAGAACAGAAAAUAAGUAACAAGAAAGACACUGACAUUAAGGAAAGUGGAAAUGAGAAGGAACAGAAAGAUAGCACGAAAGGAAAAGAACAUAAAGAAAGUGAUAGGAAAGACAAUGACAUUAAGAAAAGUGGGAAAGAGAGUGAAAAGAAAGACAGUACAAGAGAAAAGGAACAUAAAGAAAGUGAUAGGAAAGAUAAUGACAUUAAGAAAAGUGGGAAAGAGAAUGAAAAGAAAGACAGUACAAGAGAAAAGGAACACAAAAAAAGUGAAAAGAAAGACACUGAACACAAGAAAAUUGGUAAUAAACAAGAACAAAAAGAGAAUAUGCGAGGAAAUGAACACAAACAUAGUGAUAAGAAGGACAAAGAACAAAAAGAAAGUAAGAAAAGGGAGAAACACAAAGAGAGUGAGAAGAAAGACAACGAACAUGAGAAAAGUAACAAUGAGAAAGAACAAAUACACAGAAAGAAAGAAAAUGAAAACAAAGAAAGUAACAAGAAAGACACUGAACCUAGGACAAAAGAAAGUGAAAAGAAAGACACUGAACACAAGAAAAUUGGUAAUGAAAAAGAACAAAAAGAGAGUAAGAAAAGGGAGAAACACAAAGAAAGUGAGAAGGGAUACAAUGAACCUGAGAACCGUAACAAUGAGAAAGAACAAAAAGACAGAAAGAAAGAAAAUGAAAACAAAGAAAGUAACAAGGAGGACACUGAACUUAACAAGGAAAAUUGUGACUCACGGAAUGUAACAUUCAGGAUUCCACAAAACAGAAACUCCACCCAGAAAAAGGUAUUUUCACCACUCAAUGACUCUGUGUUAUAUCCCGAAGCAAACAAAAUACCAGACCGGGAAAAUAUCAGUCUAUCAGACAUACGCAAAAUAGUUAGCUACGACGACAUAAUUACAGAUCAGGCUGAAUUUUCUGAAAAUGAGGACGAUGAAAGUUACCAGACAACGACGGCAGAUGAACAGGUUGAUAAAAUGGUACAAGAAGUUGGUUCUUUUGUAAUCCUAAAUGUGAGCGGCACCCUGUUCCAAACAUCUUUCAAAACUCUGAAGAAUUCCCCAGAAUCAGCCCUGGCCAAACUGGAUGAAUGGAAGAAUGCCCAUACAAAACAACACAAUAUUAAUUUUAAGAAACGCCAAACACUUCCAGUACAUUCUCGAUUUCUUGGCGGACAAUUGUAA